CUAGCCAAUGGCCAGUAGGAAUUUCACGACACAUCCGUAUCUACAAAGAUGAGGAAAAAGUUGAGAGAGACACUCCCACAGUCUGUAUGGGCAAUUUCCUGGUUCUCAUGGUGAUGGGGAGAAACCCGUAUUUAGAUCUUCCCCCGGGGUUCAAAUGAAAUCAGUGAAGAAAUCCGGGAUUUUAGCGCAUUUGCAAAGCGGCUUAAACCGCAACCCUACGGAAAGAUCCAGUUUCAUUUUAGUGGAAUAACGUACUCCCGAGUAGACAGGUAGAGGAUCGCGCAAUUCACGGCAGGUUUGUUCUGAUUUCAAAUGCCCCUGCCCAAGGCAAAUGCAACCCCCCCUGGCGCAAAUGCCAGCGCCAGCCUGGUCCGUGCCCAGCCCCAUGGCCGCUGGGGGGUGGCCGGCUGCCCCCGCCCCGCCCCCCGGUGGCAGCAAAGGCCCCGCCCCCCCAGUGCGACACCCGCACCAUACAUGGAAAGCGCGUGGCGCUCUCCCCCCCUUCCAAAAAUGUCCGGGGAACGGUAGCUUGUUCGUGGUGCUGGAACGCCGUGGCGAGCAAACUAUAGUUCCCAGGAUUGCUUGUCUGGGGAGUGGGUAAAGGCUUGGAUACCCGGUGCAGCCGAGCCACGCCGCCUUUCGUCGGAUCGGGCCGCUUGGAGGAAGCGCCUCUGCGCGCUUUGCUCCCCAGCCGCCGCCUCCCGCGGGCCAGCCUCUCCCCGUGGGGCGCGAUGGGGGGCGCGGAGGCAGCGGCCCCUUGGGGCACCUGCGCGGGGAUGUGCCCAGCCGAGGAGUUCUGUCGCCGGCGGCGGCAGGGCCGCUUGCACCGUCUGGAGCUGGACGCGGGGCGCGAGGCGGAGCCGGCGCUGGCCGUGAAGGAAUACUCGCGUCCGGCCGCCGGCAAGGCGCCCCCGCAGCCCGAAGAGCUGCGCCCGCCCGACGUGCUCUUGGCCACCGUGCGGCACCUGCUGGCCCUGGCCGAGGAAGAGGGCGAGGCCGGCGGCGCGGACCCCCCAGUUUCGCCCUGGGAGCGCGGCGCCUUCGUGGCCGACCGCCUGCGGGCCGUGAGCCUGGACGUGACGGUGCAGCGCCUCGCCUUGGCCCGGCCCUCCGCCACCGCCGCCCUCCUGGAGCGCUCACUCGUCUGCCUGCUCCACGCCGGGCACCGCCUUAGCGCGGAGCCGCCCGCCCGCUUCGACGGUCACCUCCACCACGCCCAAGCCCAGGAGACCUUCGCCGCCCUCCGACGCAUCUACCGUUAUGACGAGGCGCCCCGCGCCCAGCCCUGCUUCCAGGCCCUCUUCCUCCUCUACAACCUGGGCUCACCAGAAGCUCUCUGGCAGAUCUUGCAGCUCCCUACUGUCGUCCGAGCCUCCCCGGAACUCUCCACGGCCCUGGCAAUCCACUGGGCUUUCCUGGAGCGAAACUUUGCCCGCUUCUUCCGCCUUGCUCGGCGGCUGCCUUACCUGCAGAGCUGUGCCUUGCACCCCCACAUGGCGAGGGCCCGGCACCUGGCACUGCUGGCCUUCAGCCAUGGCUUCAGCGCCAGGAACUGCCGCUACCCUUUGGCUCGGCUGGCCCAGUUGAUCGCCACGGACAGUCUGGAGGCGGCUGCUGCGUUGUGCCAGGCACAGGGCUUGGCUGUGGUGGAGGGCGAGGUGGUCUUCCAAAAAGGCUCCUUCAAGGACUGCCCUCCUGCGGGGCAUCGGCGUUCUUGCCUGCUUGUGGACGCGAAGCGGGGGGAGUUGACUCUGUUGGAGCUUGCAGAGAGCAUCUGCAGCUGAUGGCACAUGGGGAGGGGGGCACAUGGCUGUGCUUAUGUGUUUUUGAGACAGAAAGGCUGGACGGCUCCUGGGCUAGCGUUCUCCUCCCUCCAGACUUGCCCGAGUGACCUACGCGCUCCUCCUCUCACUCAGCUGGACUGGGGCUGGUUCUCCAUGGGCAGCAGGACAAGAUGGGGAAAUGGGCUGGACGAGAGCCAGUGUGGUAUAGUGGUUAAGGUACUGGACUAGUACCUGAGAGACCAGGGUUCGAAUCUCCACACAGCCAUGAAGCUCCCUGGGUGACCUUGGGCCAGUCACUGCCUCUCAGCCUCAUGAAAACCCUAUUCAUAGGGUCACCAUAAGUCGGGAUUGACUUGAAGGCUGUCCAUUUUCAAUGCUCUAGAAAAGCCAGUGUGGCGUAGUGGUUAGAGUGUUGGACUACAACCUGGGAGACCAGGGUUUGAAUCCCCACACAGCCAUGAAGCUCACUGGGUGACCUUGGGCCAGUCACUGCCUCUCAGCCUCAGAGGGAGGCAAUAGUAAACCCCCUCUGAAUACCACUUACUAUGAAAACCCGAUUCAUAGGUUCGCCAUAAGUUGGGAUCGACUUGAAGGUAGUCCAUUUUCAUGCUCUCAUACAGAUGCCUCAGUUAAAUGCUUCCUUCUGGUUAAAAAAAAGAAGUCAUUGUAAACCAAGGGUGGGAAACCUGUGGCCCUCCUUUUGGGUUGCAACUUCUCCCAGCCCUGACCGUUGAUCAUGCUGGCUGGUGGUGAUGGGAGUUGGAGUCCAGCCACAUUUGGUGGGCCACCAUUUCAGGGGAGAGAGCCAUGUUAGUUUCAUGCAGCAAAAAAAAAAAAAAGGUUUUGUGGCACCUUGAGGUUCCCUUUCCCUGCUAGCCUAUACUUACAAACCUAGCACAUAUUUGAGAGAGGUUCCAGCAAAUAUCUUUUUCCCCUUGUGCUGGUUUCCUUAACACCAGGGAGUAUUGAAAAUGGUUCUCUGCCCCCUUUGUUGGCUGUAAUGGUGAGGUCAAUUCUACCACCAUAUUCUGCUGUUUGUGUUGGCCAGCCCCCCCCCCCCGCAUACCCUUGCUUUAGCUAAGGUGGUGUGUGGCCCAGGCUGCUGCCGGCCACAGCACCAUUUUCCACGCAUUUGGUCACCUCUACAUCCAUUUUCCCUCAAUGGAGCAAAUUUUGCAAGUAAUUCAGAAGGUGUUGGCAGAUCAUGAAGGCUCAGGGACACACACACACAGUGCAUUAUUAAAGCCAACAGUGAAAGAGGUGCAGAGAUGGCAACCAGAAGCCAUGGAGAACAGGACCGAGAGUGUCCAAAGACGUGGUCAGGCAAGGGUCUGCCUGCCUCUAGGUCAGCAUCUCUGUCUUUGGUGGGGGGGGCAAGAGAGAAACUGAGGCAGGCAGGCUUUGUUUUAAGAGAGACCCUUUUUCAAAGUCCAGCCAGGAAGCAGUGUGAGUUGCCUGAGGAGGAGAAAGCAUCUUCCACUGCAGGCAGCUCAUUUUGCUUCUCUGCAGUGCACUGAAGGGGGGCUGCCCUGGAAAUGCUUUGGCCUUCCCCACUGCUGGUAUGUGGACCCCCAGCCGCUUUCUCCCCAGGACAUGUGAGUCUCCUGGAUGAGGAGGGAUGUUUUCCAGCCCCUGCUGUAGUGACUAGCCUAUGGCACUCCAUAUGUUUCUGUAGUCACCAUGGCCAACAGUCUGGGGCGAUGGAGUUCAGCAACUUCUGGAGGGCCAGAGAUUCCCCACCCCGGCCAAAGAUGCACUUCCUACUAAGGAGGUGGCACAGAAGAGAAUUCAGCACCUCCCUUUCUUAGCAGUUUUUAAGACUUCUUUGUUGUAAUAUAUUUUAAAGUCUGCCUUUAUGAUGUUUUACAGUAUUUUUAGUGCUUUUGUUUGCCGCCCUGGGCUCCCACUGGGAGGAAGGGCAGGAUAUAAAUAAAAUAAAUAA